AUGGUCAAUAUACCGCAAGGACUCAAAACUACUCCUGUGGCCAGUACUGCUCAAAACUUUCACGAACCAUCUCUUAUUGUAGCUAUUGUACAGCCACAACUUAUGGAAAUGACAUCCAAUUCACAACCUUUACAAGUGCAACAGCAACAAUCCUCUACUCCUAUGCAACCACAAGAACCUAGACCUCCGAAAAAAAUUAAAACUUUAAUCAAAAUUAUUCACCCUAAAACUGAAGUUGAAAUAGACUUGCUUUAUAAUGAGGUUCAAGUUGUUACUACUCCAAUAAGUUAAUAUUUGUUUACCCAAUUUAAUUGUAUAAAUUCCUUUGUUUUAUUCAAUAUAAUUUAGCAAUCAAUUAUGUAAUUGACAAAGUUCAUUACCAGUUGAUCGAAACACUAUUUACAAAUCUGUUUAUAUUAUAGUAAUAUUUAGAAAAUCUCAUUUAAAAUGUACAAAAAUCUAACAAACCUCAAUUAAAAUUUUCUUUUAUAAUACUUACGAAAUUUAUAAUUAAUUUUUUUUUUUAAAAAAGCAGUAUUUGUUUAACUAGAGUUGUUUGUACUGUAUUUUUUAGAGUUCUGUUAGAUUGAAAAAAAAUGAGUUUUCAGAAGGUUCAGAAAGGUUCAGAAUGUUGUAAAGAAACAUGAUAAUAAUAAGGUAAAUAAAAAAAUGUAUUUAAUUAAUAGUAAGAACCUAAUUUAUAAUAUAAAAUAAAGAAAUUAAAUACUUAGAGUAUAAAACUUUCAUUUGAAUGUAAUUUAUAUUUAAUUAUAAUUAAACAAUCAAUCAAUCUAAACUUCAAGGAUUCAAGGUUAAUAUUAUUAUAUAUAUAAUUAAUAUUAUUUAUAUUAAAAAGUAAUAAGUAUUUUUUUUAUUAGAAGCCAUAGAAGCCAGAAUUGAAAACCAAACAAAAAGCUUUUAUUAAUAAAUGCAUAAACAUUUAAUAAUAGUUUUUCUAUUCACUAUUAUAAAUUCUGUACUAUUUUUAUUGCUGCUGAUUUUUUGUAUAAAAUAUUGGUGUACUCUGGACUAUAUAACAAAUAAUCAUUUUUUAGGAGUCUGAUAUUACACUUUUGGGCUCUUCAUUAAAAUGGUUAUUUUCAAAUAAUUCAUAUAGUGAGAGCAAAAACAGUAGUUUCACAAGUAGUAACAUAUUUGGUAUUCUCAUUGAUGAAAAAAAAUUAUCAACCAUUUCACAAACAAUGUAAUUAAUUUGUUUUCAAUUAAAUUAUAUUUUAUUUAAAUUAUAUUUUUUAUGAAUUGUAUUAUUUUGUAGGUCAAAGAUAAAUAUAUUAAGAAAGCCAAUUAUAUCAGAAUCUGAAGAAAGACAAAGAGUGAUGUCUGGUAAGAUUUUACAUAAUUGGAUAAAUCAAAUGUUAUAUUACAGUACAAAUUAUAUCACUUAUAAGUAGCAAGUAUGAUGCCACAAUAUGCUCAAACAUCUCUUACAUUAAAUUCUAUAUCCUCAUUACAGUCUUCUAAAGAAACAACCAACAUUGAAAAACCAGUGAAUGAAGAAUCGGCUUAAGAAAUUGCUGACAAAAUAAAUCCACUGUGUAAAAGUAUCUUGUAUACGUUUUCCCAAAUGCAAAAUUUGGAUGUAUGUAUUAGGUUAUGAACAAUUUUAAAUAUAACUUAAUACAUUUUAAUUAUAUAUGUUCCAUACCAUUAGGAUAUAGUGUAUUCACUAACAGAUGAUGCUAAUUCUGUCAUUAAAACUCAGCAUCAAGAAUUUGUUACAGCUAUGAUAUUUACAGCAUUAGAUAGUAGUCCAAAUAGCAGAACAGAGGCAGGCAAAAUAUUUGCUGAAGUUUUGUCUUACAAACAUAAAGAUUAUGAUGAAGUUAUUUCUGUAGUGGAUGUUACUCAAGGAUAA